GUAGGCCUCUGGUGACGUGCAGGGCCUGCAGGGCGGUGUUCUCAGGCGGAGAAAGGGACUGACUGGGGUGUGUGAGCCACAUCUGGAAUAGUAGCUACAGAAGAAGGAGCUGAGAGAGACGCGGUGAUACUUUCCCCCAGCUCUUCACUUCAGCACACCCUUUCCACGGACACAAACCUUUUCCCUUUGCCUUUUUUUAUCUACUUGAAAAAAAUGCUGUUCAUCCUGCUUGGAGUGCUUAUCUUGCACUUAAUCAUUCUCAUCCUUCUAUUUGUGUCAACAGCAGUCAGUGCCUGGUCUGUAGGUGGGCAAAAGAGCACAGAUCUGUGGUACAAUUGCAUGACAAAUAAUGGAGGGUACCACUGCAAGCCAGCCAGCAGUGAAGACUGGAUCCAGGCAGUGCAAGCCCUCAUGAUCCUGUCCUUGCUCUUCUGCUUCUUCUCCCUCAUCGCGUUCCUCUACCAGUUGUUCAGACUGGUCAAGGGCGGACGCUUCUUCUUCACCGCAAUCUUCCAGAUCUUGGCCAGUGUGUUCGUGAUGUGUGGGGCGAUCAUCUACACCGUGAUGAGUCCGGACGAUGCAUCCAUCACACAGUUCGGCUACGCCUACGUGCUGGCCUGGGUGGCUUUCCCUCUUUGUCUCAUCAGUGGCCUCAUUUAUAUCGUGCUGAGAAAGAAAGAAUGAGAGAGGGAGCAGAGGAGAAAAGAGAAGGGGAUAGUUUGGAGACCCCUUACCACAACAUCGCACUGUGCCUACUGCCCACAGACCAUAGACUGACAUCCCAACAAUACAACAAAAGUGCAUGUGUCACUAACAAUUGUAAACACCAAAUUGCGACAUUUAUCACCGCAAGAGAUCUCUUUUUGCUGUAUUUCAGUGUCCAUUAAUUUCCAAUCACAGGCUGAAAAUGUCACAGCUGUUGGUUUUGUAAAUGAACAAAGGCUUGUUUUCACCACACCUGUUUCCUGUGGUGACAGUGUCGUCAAAAGUGUGUUUAGAAAUGUGUUGGUGACAUAUCGACUUUUGCUGCACGCUGGCAUCCGACUUCCACAAAUCCUUCUUGUGUGAUAAGACGAGUAAUCCUGCCUUGCUUCAGUACAAAGAUGUACAUAGUGUCUGUGGAUUUUAGACAUAUUUAUAACAUUUUUACAUGCAUUGUGUACAUAGUGUUGUCAAGUUAACAUUGUCAUUUACGUGAUAGAGUUUGUGUCUCUCACAAAUCAUGCAGCUGUGCCAAAGAGAUGUCGCUUCAACUGCCAGACUAUCAAGCUUUUGUUGUUGUUGUUGUUGUUCUGUCUUCUUUUUGUUUCCUAGAGUGUCAAAUGCUUUGAACAAUGUGCCUUACUUAAAAUGUCUGUGUUUGUCUCGAAGGAAAUGAAAAAAUCCUCAGAAAAAUAACAAGUGCUAAUAAACUCAUGAAGUUUUUCUGAAUUAUCAUUGUACUUGAUAUACUGAAUAAAAAAUGUUUUGCAUUUUGUAAUCUAAUUUUGAAAAUGGUGCUUUUUUUAUCUACUAUUCUUGAAAUGUAUAGCCCACUUUUGUGUCGCAAGUGUGUCGUGUCCUGUGAUUAAUUUGCUCUGUACAAACUUAAAUUUGCAUUUUUUUUGUCAGUAUUCUUAAUAAACCUUUUGAGAUUAA